AUGAGCUCCAAUGCAGGCAACUCGACUCAGCCAAACGACUACGAUGCCUCAACGCUAGGGUUGCCUAUACCGCACCUGGUGGUAUUUGUCGUCAUCAUCGCCAUAGCCUUCGUGUUCCUGAUUCUCCAUCUGGUGAAAGGCCGAAGUAUUUCUCGCCAACCUAGGAGAGACGUCGAGAGCGCAAAAGGGACAUCGAGGGAGUCAAUCGAUGCACAAACGCUAAAUGAAGCCAAUCCCUCACAGAAGUACAAGCAGGUCGACGGCUUCAACAGGCAGGCAACCUGUGCUUCAGCCCAGUCCAGCUCAGCUGAGGUCUGUGUAAUCUGCCUCGAAGUCCUAGUAGAUGGAGACAACGUCCGACGAUUGAAAUGCAAACACUUGUUUCAUAUGAGCUGCAUCGACUCUUGGUUCCAAAAACACCAUGUCGACUGCCCAUUGUGCAAGUCGAUAUUUAUUCCAAACAGAGAAGGUAAUCCAGGACCAGCAGAAGCUCGUUAG